GGACUCAGGGAAGCGCUUUCCGGGUUUCCCUUCCUGGGCUGGGACAGCGGCGAGAGGCGAAAAGCUCCGGCUAUUAACGAUAUUUCAAAGUUACGGACAGGCUCAUCAGAAAUCCCAUAAACAGUAGCGAUGUCUCAGUCUGGAGAGAAAGGGAAGUUCCCAGAUACAGCGGGUUAUGUAGGAUUCGCCAACCUCCCGAACCAAGUGCACCGGAAAUCUGUGAAAAAGGGGUUUGAGUUCACUCUCAUGGUUGUAGGGGAGUCUGGUUUGGGAAAAUCGACACUUAUAAACAGCCUGUUUCUCACUGAUCUCUACCCUGAGCGCUACAUCCCCGGUGCUGCAGAGAAGAUUGAGAGGACGGUGCAGAUCGAAGCGUCGACUGUGGAAAUCGAGGAGAGAGGAGUGAAGCUCCGUCUCACCGUUGUCGACACCCCUGGUUACGGCGACGCCAUCAACAGCCAGGACUGCUUCAAGACCAUCAUCCAGUACAUCGACAAUCAGUUUGAGCGCUACCUCCACGAUGAGAGCGGCCUGAACCGAAGACACAUAGUGGACAACAGGGUGCACUGCUGCUUCUACUUCAUUUCUCCAUUCGGACACGGUUUAAAGCCGCUGGACGUGGAGUUUAUGAAGGCCAUCCACAGCAAAGUUAACAUCGUCCCAGUCAUCGCCAAGGCUGACACACUGACACUGAGGGAGAGGGAUCGCCUGAAGAGGAGGGUGGGUUUAAUGCACACACACACACACACACACACACACACACCGACACACACACACUGUGUCGAUCCACUUUCCACAUACAGUACAUGUAAUCAUCUUUCCCCUAGAUUUGACUCCCGGCACACAGCUGGAAUGUCUAAAGAAUCUUGUUGUCAGGAUGUUGGGGGCUUUAUUUUGGGAUCUGUUAUGUGCUUGUUUUUAUCCCAUCAGCAGCUGCAUGGUUUAGCCAUUAGAAAAUGGACCAUCAUCAUCAUUGUAAUAAUAAUAGAAUGGGACCAUACACUAAUAAUAGCAAAAUCACUUUUCUGUCCCUUUUGGCGGCCCGCUGUGUCAAACAUCCGCGUCUUUGUGUGA